GAUGUUUAUAGGGUUAUAGUAUGCAUGAGUGAGAUUUACCAGGACGAAUGCGCAUACGUAUAUGCGAACAUCUACCUUUAUGACAUUGUGUUUCGAAAAAAAGAUAGUCUCUCUUAAUUUCAUGAUCAUGGGAAUCGAAACGUGAUCUUGACCUUGGAUCAGUAUAGAGCUGCAAGUUUCUUUGUAAGAUAGGUACGGCAUACCCUCAACUCCCACCUAAAAUGACCACUUUAUCUCUCCCAACGCUGACACCUCUCUUCCUUCACUUCUUCAGGACGUACUCUUCCCGAAACAAGUAGAGAAAAUCGCAGCGUGCGCACGGCCGAACAGUCUCGUUUUCAGCUCGCGGUGACGUACGUACGAGCUCUCCGCACUCUUCUACACUCUAAAAAUGGCUCCCCUCUCCCUUUCUCCCACCAAACCCCACCAUUUCACCCAAUACAUCCUUUCCACAUGCCUCCAAAAACCAAUCUAAAACAACUUCUCCUCUUCUAAACACAUCAUGAAAAGCAUGCCUCUCGAUCGGUACAAAUAUAAACUGCCAAUUAAUAUUCUCCAAUUAACCAGCAUACAAAUCGCCGAUCUGAUCGAUACUCCUAACGCAAACAAACCACAAGAUGAUCGAUUUGUAGAAAUGUCAUAAUUCGGGCACCUAAUCGAGAGGAUAUACGGCGUGUGGUUCUUCUAUCAUGUCAUGAGAGUGACUUGCCCCCACAAAAACACUUCUUUCGCCGUGACACAACGUCGCAACUCGAUCUCUUCCAAGUACAAGCCAGAGCUCUUGCGCUAGCUAUCUCAGCCCAGCCAGCCAGCCAGUGCGUUGCGUUCUUCUUCUUCUUCCUCUGGUCGAGUAUUUUGGCCUCUUGAACAAUGCACUGAUAGCCAGAUAAGCGAAGCCUGUAUUUAUUAAUUUAUUACAUUAAUUAUUUUAUAUAUCGGUCCUAUAUUUAUCUCGUGUCCAUGGAGUCCUACGGCGGCUCCCCGCGGCCGCGGACGACGUCGGUGCCCUCGCGGCGGCCCUGCACGGCGGCGACGGCCUCCCGUGCCGGCUCCGGCGCCUUCGUCUACGACGGCAUGCGCGCCACGCCGCUGUCCGCGUCCGCAGCCAACUUCACCCGUUGCAUCCGCAAGGCGGCGUCCUUCGCCCACAAGAAGCCGCCGCCCAGCGCCGACGCGCCGCCGCCGCGGCGCACGCUGAGCAGCAAGGAGAACAGCGGCGGCGCCGGCGCUGCGUCGACGCCGGACGCGCGCGCGCUCCUGAUGCCGCCGCGCAGGUCCAUGCCCGAGCCUGGAGCCGCCGCGAGGGGUCCCUGGGAGCCGACGAGGCGGAGGCGGAGCAGCAGCAGCGCCGGGACGACGGCGGACGACGCGGGCGCCGCGAAGGGGUCGGCGGGCGCGCUGCGGGAGGUGAUGGCGCCGCGCAGGAAGGAGGAGCCCGAGAAGGAGGAGGCCGCGCACCGCGCGCGCGUGCUGACGGCGCGGCUGCUGCAGUGGCGGUUCGCCAACGCGCGCAUGGAGAAGGCCAUGGCACGCGCCACCUCCGCCGCCGAGAACAAGCUGUUCUACACGUGGCUGCGCGUGGCGGAGCUGCGCAACAUCCAGGCGGCGAAGCGGAUCGUGGCGCAGCGGCGGCGGCAGAAGCUUAAGCUGGCGCGCCUGCUGCGUCCGCAGCUCCCGCUGCUGGCCUCGUGGGAGCCCCUCUCCAAGCCGCACGCCGACGCCACCGCCGAGCUCGGCCGCGUCCUCGCCACGGCCUGCACCGGCCUCCCCUUGGCCGCCGGCGCGCAGGCCGACUCGGAGUCGCUGCGCGAGGCCGUGUCCUCCUGCGCGGGCACCGUCGACGAGAUCGAGGCCAUCAUCGGCACGUUCCGCGCCACGGCCGGCGCGACGAGCGGCGCGCUGGGCGAGCUCGCGCGGACGAUCCAGCAGGAGGUGGAGUGCCUGGAGGAAGCGACGCGGCUGUCGAGCAUCGUCACCGGCUUGCAGAUGCGGGAGGUGAGCCUCCGGGCGAAUCUGAUCCAGGCGAAGCAGAGGCUCGCCGGCAUGGGGUCGGCAUCGGGGCCGGCCGUCCUCGCCGCGCCGGCGUUCGCAGCUCCCGGUUGGUGUUUUUGAUCGCACCGGACACGAGCGGAAGCAGGGAGUACAACUGCUCACCCUGCCACCCACUAUAAUUAAUUUAAGAAAAUUGAUUAAGGCGCGAGACUUGUGCUCGUCGCCAAGGGAGGACAGCUGAUUCGACGCGUGGUUACUUGUGCGUGCGCGUGACUGGAAAUAAGCUAAGCGGUAGUAGUUUGUUUAUUGGGGGUAUAUAUAUCGUCCAUGAGGUAUUUAUUAAUUUCUUUGCAGGGGUGCAUUUGUUGUGUAUUUGCUGUGUGUGUAUUUGUGAGUGAUUUUAAUUUGAGUUAUUCAUGGUUAUUUGUGUUCAAAACUUGUAAUUUGAGUUACCAAAGGAUUUAUGCGUAUGUAUUUAUGCAUUUCUGAUGGGAACAACUGAAUAAUGAGCUGGUAUGUACAGUAAGAAAGUGUUUUUAGCAGAUAACAGAACACAGUUGCGAA